CUCGAGUUUCUUGCGCGACUUGACGCUUUCCGGCCGUCGGAGGAUGCGACGUGGUGCGCUCUCGUGUGUGUCGCUGCGCUACCUGGCGCUGGUGGUGUACGCCUGCCUGACGACGGGCCUCUGUCUGGCGGUGUACAUGCGCUACCGACAAGCGGUCAGCUGGCGACGCUACGUCGACGCUCGGCCCGGCGAAAGCAUGUCGCUGGAGGAGUGGAUCGAGCUGGAGGGCGAACGGCGACUGGCUCGAGCGCGCGACUUUAUCCGACGCCUCUCCCUCGGACAGACCGGCCUGUCGCGCGACGCGGCUGCACGUCGACGCGCCGAACUGCGCAGCCUCGCGGCUCUCGCCAACGCGUCGACCAAAACGGCGACGGCGACGGCGACGGACACGGCGACGGCGAUGGAGGCAAACUUGGGACGGCGACUCGGCUGCGCCAACCUGUGCUCGACGCCGACAGAGACGGAUUGUCUGAAGACAACGUCGAACGGCGACGGCGACGGCGAGGGUGGGGUGGCGGUGAUCUUUCCGUUUCGCGAUCGGCACAAACAGUUGACGCGGACAGUGUCGGCGUUGACGCGUGUGUUGCGCGGCCAGAAAGUCUGCUACCGCAUGUUCGUGGUGGAGCAGGCCGGCGAGGCGACCUUCGGCUACAACCUGCUCUACCCGACGCUGGUCGGCGGCGUCAUCAAGUUCACGCGAAGCCAGUUCGUCGAGGUGAACGGCUACUCGAACCUGUUCUGGGGCUGGGGCGGCGAGGACGACGACAUGGAGGCGCGCUUGACCACCGUCGGUGGGUACCGACACGAGGCGCCGGCUCGAGCUCGCUACCGAGCCGGCGAACACCGACGCAAUCCACUCUCGCCGCUCUACUCGUACCGCAUGAAGGCUCUGCUGACCGACUCUUCGCGGAGGAUGUCGUUUGACGGGCUCUCCAGCAUCGCCUAUCGCCUCGUCAGCGUCCGCUUCACGCCCGACUGGGUCCAUCUCGUCGUCGACGUCGGCGAGCCGCCGUUCGAGUUGGACUUUUGA